CCCUCUUGCCACUAUGUCUGCCGACCAGGAUGAAUCUGCUAAGCUCUGGAAGGUUAACCGCACCAUCCACGAACUCGUGAAAGAUCGUGGUUUCCAAGUUUCGGACGAUGAGAUCAACAUGGACCUGUCUACGUUCCGCGACCACUAUGCGAAUCAGUCCGGAAGUGUAGAUCGGAGUCAGCUGAACUUCUUCACGAACCACCGGGAUAACCCCAGUGUCCAAAUCUUCAUCUUCUUCACGGACGAAAAGAGUGUGGGAGUGAAGACAAUGCGCAAGCUGCUCGGAAUUCUGGAAGAGAAGGCCAUUCAGCAAGGCAUCAUUGUGUUCCCCGGGAACAUGACCCCUUCCGCGCGCAAGGUGAUCGUCGCAAUGGCGUCAACGUACAAGCUUGAGGAGUUUUCAGAGUCGGAUCUACUCGUCAACAUUACGCACCACACGCUAGUCCCGAAACACGAGCUCCUCACGCCCCAGCAGAAGAAGGAACUCCUGGAGACAUACCGGUUGAAGGAAACACAAUUGCCUCGCAUCCAGUUGGCCGACCCUGUGGCAAGGUACUACGGCCUCAAACGCGGUAACGUCGUCAAAAUUACCCGACCAAGUGAGACCAGCGGUCGCUACGCCAGCUAUCGCAUCUGCUUCUAGCCACCGUCAUAUCUUUAUUGGUCCUACAUCGGUUCCGGGGUCGCCUUCUGUCUGUUCUCCGCAUCUCCUCCAUCAUAUCUCGCUAUGUAGCCAUCUGUUUCUGUG